AUGUGGAUGAUUAAGGUUAAAGUGAUUCGAUUAUGGAAGCAAUAUUCGGCUGCCGGUGGAGAAACUAUGGAGAUGGUGCUCAUUGAUUCAAACGGUGACCGAAUCCAUGCAUCAGUGAAGAAAGAGCUGGUUGCACAGUUUGAACCAGCUCUGAAGCAAGGUUACAGGAAAAUACUCCUCAAUUUUGCACUAACCCAAUCUGUUGGUUCCUAUCGAACGUCCAAGCAUGCUUACAAAAUCGGAUUCCUUUCCACCACCCGUGUUCGUUACUGUGAUGAUUGGACAGAUAAUGUCCCGGAAUUCUCACCUGUGAAAUACAGAGAGGUUCUUGAAGGGGCUAUGAACCCUGAUUAUUUGGUUGAUGUAAUUGGACAGGUUGUCGAGGUGAGUAAUGUUGAAGUUGUUGCUGUGAAUGGAAAGGAUACAAAUAAGAUAGCAUUGCAACUGCGUGACUCGGUGGAUGAUCGGCUUACAGUUGUCCUGUGGGGAAAAUUUGCCAAUGAUAUUGAUGAUGCUAUCCAAGGAAGUAACGGACAGUCUGUCAUAUUUGUGUUAAGGUUUGGCAAGAUUAAAGUGUGGAAAGAUGAGUAUAGCAUUUCAAACGCUUACAAUGUUUCUGACAUCUUUGUCAAUCCAACGAGCGCAGAGGCUCAUGCUUUUAUUGAAAUGUUGCCAAAGGAUAACAUGUCUUUAUCAAUUGUCGAGGCUAAUCCUAACAGAGCAAUUUCUGGCGUGUCUGAUAAGGAUGAUUUUUUUGUGCACACAAGCAGAAAGAAUAUCGCUGAGCUUUUCUGUACUAAACAGUUGGAGAGGUGCAUUCUGAUGAGCACGGUUGUUUCUAUUGACGCUGAUAUGGGGUGGUUCUAUCUUAGCUGCAAAGUGUGUUCCAAAAAAGUUUUAACUGUACCAAAUGAGACCAUAGAAGAUGGUAGUGGCGAAGAUGUGAUGGGGCAUAUAUACUUUUGUGUCAAAUGCAACACGUAUAAACCUUCGAUAAUGCCAAGGUACAAGUUGCAUUUGGUUGUUGUUGAUGAAACAAGAUUGACGACAAAGUUGCUUCUGUUUGAUAACCAUGCUGUGCAACUUCUUCGUCAACCAUGCACUGAGCUUGCAGGACCGAUGCUAAACGAUAUGCUGGAAGAGACUAAUGUCAUCCCUGAAGCUCUCAACAGUAUUAUUGGGAAAACGUUUCUCUUUAAGCUAAGUAUUGAGAAGGAGAAUUUACAAUACAAACAUGAUACCUACAAGGUGAUGAAAAUCAUCAGCAACAAAGAACUGAUUGAGGAGUUUGAGCAAUUCGUGUCGCCUAAGGCAAGUGAAGACACGAUGGUGCCAUAUAUGUCAGCCCAAUCCGAUGCUCCUGAGGGUUAUAUUCUAAAUGUACUUCGUAUCGAUUUCACUAUUCAUUAUAGGCUAAUCUGA